AUGGAGUUCUCGGGGCAGCUAGGGACGGGAGAGGCCGCAGGGGUCUGGUCCCCCAGACCUGGAGGAGCCGAUGCCACCAGGCAGGACACGGCUCUGUACUUUGUGUAUCCAGAGCCCUCGCAGACCAACCGAAACAGGUGUUGCCACCUGCCUGGUGGGAGGGCCUCUGGCAACUUCCAGUCCACUAAGUGCAGGAGGAAACUGAGCACAUCUGAGGCCCACAGGGUCCUCGAGAGGCCUUGCCUGGUUUUGGAAUCCUGCUUCCCAGGCUCUGUUCCAGGCUCUGUUCCAGGCUCUGUUCCAGGGUCACCAUGGAAGCCCUUCUGCUUCUCAAAUUCCUGGCAGAUUCCUGUGCUCGGGGCUUCGGUGACAGAGGCUGGACCUGAUGCACAAAGGAGCACAUGCUGCUGCCUCGUCAGGGCUCUGGGAACCCGGUCAGCAGGCUUGUCCCUGCAGUGGCGCUUCCAGGGUCGGCGUGGGUCCCUGUUGCAAAGGGGCGCGCUGCCCUCGCUGUGCCCUUCCUUGCGGAUCUGUUUCCAGCAAGCACUCCGCACCCCGCGAAUCCUCCUGACGCUCGUCAGAGGGAAAUGCUUUUGUUCCUGUUUUAGAGGUAGACGAGGCUCAGGGAAGGGGCAUGCCCAGGGCCCCCGGGCAGGUGGAUCAGAGCAGGACCAUGAGCCCCGAGCCUGUGCUCUGACCCCCGACACUCAGACCCCAGAGCUGCUGGUUCUCCGGGAUUCUGGGCCAUCGGCUGCGGCCCAGGCGGGCCGGGCUCUGGCUGGUGGCGACAGGCACGCGGGGCCCCUGGGGCUGGUCUCUCCCUCCGUUGGCCGUCGGCCGAGUCACCAGGAGCGCGGCCGUGGGGCUCAGCUCCAGGCUGUUCCUUUUCUCCCACAAAAGCUCCUCGGCUACCGUUUCUCCCGGCACCUGUCUCCCCGAGCGGACCAAGAGCCUGGGAGCGACGCGGCCGAGACAGGGGUCCCUUGGGGUCCAGACCCCUGCCCAGGACCCCGUGCUCUGUGUCAGCUGGCCGCCGGCACCUGUGAGAUUGUGACCCUGGACCGCGACAGCAGCCAGCCCAGGAGGACGAUCGCCCGGCAGACGGCUCGCUGUGCCUGCAGAAAGGGGCAGAUCGCGGGCACCACGAGAGCCCGGCCCGCCUGCGUGGACGCUCGGAUCAUCAAGACAAAGCAGUGGUGCGACAUGCUCCCGUGUCUGGAGGGUGAAGGCUGUGACCUGCUGAUCAACCGGUCAGGCUGGACGUGCACGCAGCCCGGAGGGCGGAUAAAGACCACCACGGUCUCCUGACAAACGCAGCCCCAGAGGGGCCCCGGGAGUGGCCUUGGCUCCCUGGAGAGUCCACGCCUCAGCCACGGCCCUCUGUCCGCCGUGGGCAGCACCUGUUCUCUGCCACCCGCCCACCGUCCGUUUCUCUGUAGCCUGCCAAGGACAGCCCGCUUCCCUGGCGUUCUGAGCUGAGCGUGUCCGCGGCAGCGAGGAGCCCGGCCUGGGACACAGCGGGGGCAGCGCUGGGCGUCCGCGGGAGCCUGGCCUCACCAGCCCGGGAAGAAGGGUGGCGCCGGGCCCGGGGCAGGACUGGCCUUGUGCCCCAGACUGUCCGAAUCGCUUUUAUUUUCUUACCCUUUCAGUAUUUACUCAAUAGACCAAAGAGCAAAUCUAUUUUAACGUGGACUCACCCUCACCGUCCGAGUCCCUGGGUCCAACUGGGGGACACGGGGGCCGAGACGUGCCGGGGGCCCCGGCGGGGCGCGGAGGGCGGCCCUGGCGGGCGCGUCCGCCCCACGGACACUGCGGCGCGCCCUGAGAGGGGCCCAGCCGGCGGAGGACACAGCCCCGCGGACCGCGGCCGGCGAUGCCCCCACGCGGACCCCGCGAGCGAGUGCGCCUCGCCGGGGACACAGACCACGGCGCCCGCCCCGCGCACUGUGCUUAGAUGGACCUGACCGACUAAAAUCACUUUCUGUUUUAACCAGUCACACCUGCCUCUCUGCAGCUCAUUUCUGAUAGUGGGAUAAUCCAGUAUUCGCCAAGAGCAUGUUGGGUCUCCCGUGACCGCUGUCUCCUCUGAUACACCAUUUAGCUCCAGAAAGCAAAUUAAAGAAAACUCGAGUAACACUUGUUUGAAAGAGAUCAUUAAAUGUAUUUUGCAAAGCCUAAAGUUAUAUAUUUAACAGUUUUUAUAUGCUGUAUAUUUGUAGAAAAUCCUAUUUAACAGUUCAUGUUGGUAGCCCUGGCCGACCCGAGAGGCCGGCAGAGCGCGGUGUCUCUGGAGGUUCCGGGGGGUGGGCGCGGGGGGCCCCCGCCGGGCGCGAGCGCAGGACUCUGGGGACAGCAGCCGAGGACGCGCCCGACGUCGCGGGAGCCGCGGCGGGCGCCAGCGGGGACGCGGCUGUCUUCACCUGGCUCAGGCCAGGGCGCGGCUCCCCUCCUGCCCGUCUCCGCGGACGCGGUGUGUGCGUCCUCUUCCGACGGAUUCCGCGUCCCUUGUUCUCACCCCCCACCCCCACAUGGCGGGUCUGGAGGGGUCUCUGCAGCCGACCCCCGACCCCAGUCCACGCCCCGCUGGCUCUGUCUUCACGCCGGACGGCUGAGACGCUGGGGUGGCCACCGCGUGCGGAGGAUGGCCGGCGCCUGGCCCUCCCGACCUUCUCGCGCCCUCGGUGCAGGGCAGGGUCUCCGGGCCCAGUGAGCAAGGGGCAGUUCUGUUUCCCCGUCCCCUGGCCGUCGUCCGCCGGGUUCCUCCAUUCUCCUGAGUUUCCGCUGAACUACACUACCUGAUAGUCCGAUUAACAGGUGUUAAUGCUAGUUCGAUGCUACUAAAAAAAAAAAGAAAAAAAAGAAAGAAAAAG